AUGGACGACUUGCUGGACCUCGAUGCGAUCCGACGGAUCCUCAUGCGUCUCGAAGACACCAUCACCUUCCUGAUGAUCGAGCGGGCGCAGUUCGCUCAUAACCGGGCCAUAUACGAGAGCUCGGGGGCGUUCACGGGGCUCCAGACGGAGUCGAACGAGCGCUCGUUUCUCGGAUGGAUGUUGCGCGAGACGGAGAGGACGCAUGCGAAAGUGCGGCGGUACGAGGCCCCGGACGAGUAUCCCUUCACGCCGCCCGACGAGCUCCCGCGGCCCAUCCUGCCCCUCCUCCGUCUGCCCCCCACCGUCCUCCACCCCAACCCCAUCAACAUCAACCCCAGAAUCCUCCACUUCUACAUCCACAACAUCGUCCCCGUCCUCACCCAGAGAGACGGCCGGUCGGACGACGAUGGCCAGUACGGAAGCGCGGCGACCAGAGACGUCGAGAUCCUGCAGGCCGUCUCCCGCCGCAUCCAUUAUGGCAAGUUUGUGGCCGAGUCCAAGUUCCGGGCGCACCCGGAGGCCUUUGUGGGGCACAUCCGGGCGCGCGACCGGGCGGCGCUGGAAGGCCUGAUCACGAAGCCGGCGGUCGAGGUCGCGCUGAUCGAGCGGCUGGCCAAGAAGGCGCUGACCUAUGGCCAGGAGAUCUCCGAGGGCGAUGGCCCGGCGGCGCAUCACAAAGGCGCCGAGGUCACGCACAAGAUGGACGCUAAGGUGGUCGUCGAAAUGUACAAGAAUUGGGUGAUCCCGCUGACAAGAGAGGUCGAAGUCGAGUAUUUGUUAUGUAGACUCGACGGGCUUUCGGAAGAAGAGCUAGCCCAGCUCGACUCGAACUAA